AUGUCGACGCUUUCAUCUCCCCGCCCGUCGAUUGCAUCGUCGCGAGCACACUCUCCGACGCCCGCCUCGUCACGUCGGCCGUCCGUCGAUACUCUCAACACGGGGACGCCCACCACGCGGGCGGUCUCGCCGUCACUACGCACGCACCGCAACCGAACAGCGCUACGAGACUACUACAACCUCAAGCCCGGGUCGUCUCCCGUGUCUGGCUCCGGAGCAGCAGCAGGGCGGUCACGGAGCAUCCCGCGAACAACAGACGCAGGCGACCUGUCGAGCCCGUCGGUGCUGACGGCGGCAGCGGCAGCGGCGGGGACGGAACUGGACAACCCGGAGUUCGACGCAGAGGGGUACGUGAGCCAGCUUCUGGCGACGUCGUCGCUGUCGACGGUGCUCAAGGCAGAGAACACGUUGGUGGGGGAUAUCCGGACGCUGGACGGGGAGCGCAAGGCGCUCGUCUACGACAACUACUCGAAGCUGAUCCGGGCGGUGGAGACGAUUGGGAAGAUGCGACGCAGCAUGGACGAGCGCGGCACACCCCUGACCAUGACCAAGACGCUGGGGCCGGCGAUCUCCUUUGUGGCCGAGACGGCAGGCAGCCUGAUCCGCCAAGGCGAGGAGCAGCGCCGGCGCAUGAAGGAGGCCAAAGUCUCGCAGUCGUCGGCGGAGCAGGGCGCGGCGGACCGCGAGACAGUGCGGUGGGUGCUGGCCACGCCGGCAAGACUGCGCACGCUCAUCGCGGAGGGGAGGCGAGAGGACGCAGAGAGGGAUUGGACUGAGAUCCGGGCGUUGCUGGAUGGAUGGCCCGGCGUGGGGGGGGUCACCGAGCUGCACGACGAGUGCAUGAGAAUUAUGGACUCAAAAUUUGACAGUGUAUAA